AUGGCCAUUGAUAACUCUUCUGUCGCCGCCGAGGCUGAUGCCCCCGAAAAAACCAUCAAACCCGCCGAGGAAUUCAUCGGCGACGCAGACGACUUCACCAUGGAGGCAGCCUCAGAUCUCUCCUCAGACGACUCCGACGAAGAAGACACAACCUCCGACGAAGAAAUCUUCCACCCCCACCGCAUGACACUCUCUACAUUCCGCCGCCUCCUCUCCUGCUACCCAACAACAGUCGAGCAAGUGCACCGGCGCAAAGCCAUGCUAAAGCUGCAACCGAAGCCGGAGAAGGGUUCCAAGCGUAAACCUGAGAAAAAAGCGGGCUCCGCAUCGGCGAAUCUGCGUGGUGCGAUGUUGCUCACGAAGACGGAGUUUAAUGCUUCGGAGCAGAAGUAUAUUAAGGAGGAGACGGAGAAGUUUUUGAACUUGGAUAAGUGGCGGUAUGAGGAUAUGCCGAAAACUAUGGGGGAGAGGAGGGUGAAGGAAGAGGGGAAGGGGGAGGUGUUGACUAAGGAUGAUUUGAUUACUGUUAUGGAUUGGAAGACGAAACAUGGUAUCCCCCGCCCAACUCUCAUGGGUAUGGUCAAGUCCAACCAGGACAAGAACGUGAUCAAGUGUUCUUCCACCGCCAUGGCCGCGCUGUCCACUAAAGACCCUAUGCUCGCGCCAAACGAAGCUUUCCCCAAGCCCAGCAUCGACGCCUUCGGUCCCCUCCGCGGCGUCGGUGUAGCCACUGCAUCGCUCAUCCUCUCCAUCGCUACUGCUACCGGCGAUCCCAAGCAGCAGGUCCCCUUCUACAGUGACGAUGUGUAUCUGUGGUUGUGUCUGAAGGACUUCCCGGAGCCAGAGUACGAGGAAUACGAAGAAGAACACACCGCCGAGCAAGAGGAGCAGCCAGACGCUGAUGCUGACGCCGACGCCGACGCUGAAACCAAGGACAAGAAGAAGACUCCCCGCCCACCAAAGUUCAAACUCAAGCGCAAAAUCUCCAAAUUCAAGUGUCCCAACGGCGAACUAAACGUCAGGUACAACAUCGCCGAAUACCGCAAACUCUGGGACGCAUGCUGGGAGCUCCGCGAGCGACUCAACCGCGCCGUGGACCUUGCAUAUUCCUCCUCUUCCCCUUCUACCUCUCCCUCCUCUUCGGCGCGCAUCUCCCACAACGACAUUGAAAAAGCCGCCUACGUCCUCCGCAACAUCGCCGUCUCGGGCUACCUAGAAGGCCAAGAUCCCGAGGAUAUCCUGCGAACCGCAGCUCCGCAAAAGACACGCGUUGAUGCUGCGAUGAAGGCUCAGAAGGCGCGGGCUGAUGCUUCGGGUGAGACUGCGGCAGGGGAGAAGAAACUUGCGGCGAAGAAGCAGACGAAGAAGGAGAAGGAGGAGAAGAGGAAGAUUGCUAAUGGGGGGAGGAAUGUUAAGAGGAGGAAGGUUGAGUAG